AUGACUACCCUCGUACCUCGAGAGAAAUACACUGCUGACGAGCUUGAAACACUCUACCCUAAGGAGCUGGCACUGCAGCAGGUCCAAGUUCUCCUCAGACAUGGUGUGACUGUAUCCUAUAUUCGUUCGAUUUCUUGUUCUGACUAUGCAAAGGCGAAAGAUCCCCAGUUUCUGCCAGAUUCAAGAAUGUAUGUUUUGACCACUACGUCUGUCAUUGAUACUUUAGUACUAACAGUGUGCUUAUCAGGCCGGUCUUUCGGCGAGUAUGUCUUGUCUCUACUUCUCGGCCAACCAUCUGCUGACCCUAACCUAGAUUGGCCGUAUUGUAAUGCCGCACAGCAUCUCCGCAGUGUGAUCAUGUCAGCGAACGACUCAUGGGACGAGCUGGCUUAUAGACGAAGACUCGAAACUUUCGACGAGAAGGAUGAUUCACCUGUUCUGUCUCAUGGCCCUGGACGUGAAACUGAUGGAAUUUGUCUUCCUGGUGAAUUGACUGAUCAAGGCCGCGCCUCCACUUUAGCUUUGGGCGAACGCCUGCGUGGUUUGUACGUGGACCAGCUUGGUUUCAUGCCUGCCGUUCUACAGGACGCAAAUCAUAUGUACCUGCGAGCCACCCCUAUCCCCAGAGCUCUUGAGUCUGUUCAGCAGACUUUCUAUGGAUUGUAUCCUCCUUCGUCAAGAGCAGCUGGCUUCGUUCCCCCAACCAUCAUUCAGCGUCAGCCUAGUCAUGAGACGCUCUUCCCUAAUGAGGGAGCUUGUCGGCGUUUUGCUCAGCUUAGUCAGGCUUUUGCUCAAAGAACUUCGGAUCGCUGGAACGACUCACCAGACAUGGCAUAUCUCAACAAGAUGUUCGGAAAAUGGAUGCCUGAAGAUUCGCCUACAGUCAAGGUUGAUGGUCAUCCAAGAUUGAGUGGUAUCAUGGACACUGUCAAUUCGACUCUUGCUCACCCCCAAGAGACCCGCUUACCGAAGGAGUUUUAUGACCCGAAGGGCAGGGCAAUCAUUGACAAGAUCGGCGUCGAGGAAUGGUUUUCGGGCUACAUGGAAUCCAGAGAGUAUCGUCAACUUGGUAUCGGUGGACUCAUGGGCGACAUCGUAAGUCGUAUGGUCGAGAAAACUAGAGCGCCGAGCAGCAGCAACAGCGACAUACACAUGGCUCUGUCUGGUUGCCACGACACGACUCUAGCUGCUGUGCUAAGCAGUAUGGGGGCCUUCCACGGCGAACCGUGGCCUCCAUACACUAGUCACAUCGCCAUCGAGUUGUUCAAGGAUCGCACAAGUCCUACGGCUGCGCAGCCCGCAAUUACCACUGGUAGUUGGUGGAGCUCGCUGUUCCCAGCCAAGAGCAUGUUGACUCCAGACGCCUCUCCUCGCACUCCCUUGACGAAUCUUUCCGAGUCCGACAAGCAAAAGUUGAAUGGCUACUACGUGCGCCUUCGCUACAACGACCGGCCCAUGAAGGUUCCUGGGUGUAGACCAGUUGGAAAGCAUUAUGGUGAUGACGAGAGCUUGUGUACCCUCGAGGCCUUCAAAGACAUUGUGGACAAGUUUACUCCCAAACACUGGAAACAAGCUUGCGGGGCUCGUUUGGGAGAAAACGCAUUCCCUGAGACCGUGGAGCCUGCAGGUGUAUAA